AUGGUCAAGGCUACUGUUAUCGGCGCCGCUGGUGGUAUCGGACAGCCCCUCUCGCUGCUCCUCAAGCAGUCUUCGCUCGUUACAGACCUCGCUCUCUACGAUGUCGUCAACGCCCCCGGUGUCGCUGCCGAUCUCUCGCACAUCAACACCCCCUCGAUCGUCACCGGCUACCUCCCCAAGGACGAUGGCCUCGCAAAGGCGCUCAAGAACGCCGACAUUGUCGUCAUCCCUGCCGGUGUCCCCCGUAAGCCUGGUAUGACCCGCGACGACCUUUUCAACAUCAACGCCGGCAUCGUCAAGGACAUUGCCGUUGGCAUUGCCGAGCACUCGCCCAAGGCAUUCGUCCUGGUCAUCUCGAACCCUGUCAACUCGACCGUCCCCAUUGUCGCCGAGGUUCUCAAGAAGAAGGGUGUCUACGACCCCAAGAAGCUCUUUGGUGUUACCACGCUCGACGUUGUUCGCGCUUCCACCUUCAUCUCCGAGGCUGCUGGCAAGCCCACCGAGUCGCUCAACUACCGCAUCCCUGUGGUUGGUGGUCACUCUGGUGUUACCAUUGUUCCCUUGAUCUCUCAGUCGCAGCCGCCCAUUUCGGUGGACCAGGCCAAGAUCGAGGCUCUGACCAACCGAAUCCAGUUUGGUGGUGAUGAGGUUGUCAAGGCCAAGGAUGGUGCUGGCUCUGCGACGCUUUCGAUGGCCUAUGCCGGCGCCCGUUUUGCUAUCGCCGUCCUUGAGGCUGCCUCUGGCAAGCCUCUGGCUCAGCCCGAGAUGGGCUAUGUCGACCUCACCGCCGACGCCGCCGGCGCUAAGGAGGUCACCAAGGUCAUCGGUGACGAAACUCCCUUCUUCUCCGUCCCCCUCCAGCUCGGCCCCUCCGGCGUUGAGAAGAUUUUGCCUCUCGGCAAGCUCAACGACUACGAGUCCGAACUCAUCAAGAAGGCCGUCGCCGACCUCAACGGCAACAUCUCCAAGGGCGUUCAGUUCACUGCCAACCUCUAA